AUGGACGACGGGCCUCCGAGGAAGAAACGUACUGGCGGCUCGGGAACGGAAAAUGGACAUGGCCACGGCCAUGGUCGCCGCAGAGCGUCAAAUGCUAGUGUGGUGGGCAUCUCGAGGUCCAUUGCAGCUUGCCAGAGAUGUCGAAGCAAGAAAAUCAAGUGUGACCAGAACUUUCCGAAAUGCUCGAAAUGUGAACGGGCCGGCCUCGAGUGUGUGGGUAUAGACCCGGCCACAGGGCGUGAAGUGCCCAGGCUGUAUGUUUACCAUUUGGAAGAACGGUUGCAGAGGCUUGAGGGCCUUUUACGACAACAUGGCGUGGAUCCUUCGGGGCAGGGCGAUGAUAGUCCACUGCUGGCGCUGGCGCUGGUACUGGCACUGAUGCUGGUUUCGUCGGAACCGGCUGGGUACGUGGGGCCCAUGGGCGUGACGUUUGCCAAGUUGAUGGUUACGGCGAAUAAGAUGAACAUGGGGCCAAGUGACCUGAUGGCGCUGGUGCCUGUGGACGUGGCACCGGCGAUUCUUCCGCCGAAGAAGACGGCCAUGGAGUUUAUUAGGAUCUUCUUUGCCCAGAGCAAUUCCCAGCUUCCUGUGCUUCAUAGGGAAACGUUCCUUAGGGAUAUCUUUUUGCCGGUGUAUGGUGCUUGGGACGAUAGUGUGCUGCUAGCGUCUGAUUACCUGGCGUUCAACAGAGCUUGUUAUCAGGAUAGCGUUGUGCCUGAGGACCAGACAUGGCUAGCUCAGUAUAAACAUACAAUGCAAGCGCUGCUUACCCUGGACCAGGACCCUGCCAGGAUCUCUCUGGCCAUGCAUACGCCUGAACAGUUCCGGAAACCGUUGUUCUUUUUGAAUAUCAUUUUUGCUAUUUCGUCUUCAACAAACCAUUUACAGUACCAUACUCAUAUGAGCGAGCUGUUUAAAGAAGCUGCCAUGAAACAUGUGGAUUCCACUUAUUCCACCGCUGAUCUGCUUGAGCAGCUUGAGGCUGUGCUUCUUCAAACGCUUUACCUGGUGAUGAGACCGAAUGUUCCUGGUGUAUGGUACCUUUUGGGAACAGCACUUCGCUUAUGUGUGGAUUUGGGGCUCCACAAGGAAGAACAUCCGAAAGCACAGACCCUUUCUGCAUUCACCAAGGACAGAAGAAGACGUUUAUUUUGGUCAACUUACUCAAUUGAUCGUCAGAUGUGCUUUUAUCUUGGACGUCCUGUGGGUAUCCCAGAAGAGUCCAUUACUGCUCGUCUUCCGUCAGAGCUUGAUGAUGCUUUUAUUGAUCCAAAUGAUCAGGAAACCAGAGACUAUUCAGAUAACAGCGGUGGCAUGGCUUCGUAUAAGACCAUCACACUUUCGUUUUUCAAAGUACGCCAGAUUCAACUGGAAUGCCAAAGAAUCUUGUAUGAAAAUGGCGAACUUCCCAGACGGUUUGGCAAUUUGGCUCAAUGGAAAACACAUAUUUCCGAAGAGCUUGAAAUCUGGCGGGCCAGGUGCCCAAAGAAACCUCGCAAGAUGAACUGUGAGUUCAAUACGGAGUUCUUUGACCUUAACUAUUACCAUACGCUCCUUCUUAUCAAUGGUCUUUCAAAGAAGACGUUCCAACUCGCUCCAGAAGCUUACUAUAAAGUGCUUGAAGCGCUGAAAAACCUCAUGGCUUGCUAUACCAAGCUCUACAAGAAAAAGGCUAUCAAUUAUACCUGGGCUGCUGUCCAUAACUUGUUCAUGGCAGGAACAUCAUAUUUAUUUGUGCUUUAUAAUUCCGAGCAUGUUCGGAGCCAGAAUGACGCUGACGAGGUGAAAGCAGUUACCGAGGAAUGCCUCCUGGUGUUGGCGCUGCUUGUUGCUUCUUGCACUGCUGCCAAAUCGUGUAUGGACACUUUCCAGAUGCUUACGGCUGUAGUGCUCAAGAUUCGGUACGAUGUGACUGUCGAAGGUACUAUGGUGGGUAACAUUAUGAGCUCUAGCCACGGCAUGAAGCAAAAGCUUGAUCUGGUCAGUGGCACUGGCAGCUUAAAAGGUAACUUGGCCAGUCUUGUGGAAGGUAUAGCCAAUGAUAGCGAACACUCGCAGCCUGAUAUGACCCAAUUCGACCUGCCUCGGUUCGGCUGGGUUUCCAGGGAAGGUUUCGAGCAAGAAGACCGCGUUGAUCGUAGUUACGAGCAAGCUCUUCCUACGCCAAUGAUGCCAGAGACUCAUCUCGAGGACUUUUUCUUGGAGCUUGAGAACCUCUCGCCAGUUCUGUCGAUUCGUGAGCCUAGCGCCAUGGACUUGACGCUAACGCAAAGCGAUUCUAACAUUUCUAGUGGCCCCAACAGAGACGGGAAACGCGUUUUCGAGCUCAUUCAACAGAUGCCUUCUGAACCCAUUUGGGACCAGUUCUUUGGUCGUCUGACAGCGCCAUCGUUCAAACAAGAACCCAACACGCCUUGA